AUGACCUGCCUCCCAAACGAUCAGCUUCUACAAAUGGAAACGACCUGCGGUUCUCUUCUUUACGAGCUUCAGGUGAGCUUACACUUGCCUGGGUGAAGAAAAAUUUGAACUUUUUUCAUGUACGGUCGGUCUGUUUUUUUUUCUUUCUUCUGAGGUCGAUUCUUCGAGUGUUUUUUCUUCGAUAAUUUUGGUGUUGGAUUCAGAUCAUAUGGGACGAAGUCGGGGAAACGGAAACAGAAAGAGAUAAACUGUUACUUGAGCUAGAACAGGAGUGUCUCGAGGUAUACAGGAGAAAAGUUGACCAAGCGAGCAGAUCCAGAGCACAACUGCGGCAAGCAAUCGCCGACUCUGAGGCAGAGCUUGCAUCCAUUUGCUCAGCAAUGGGUGAGCGUCCAGUGUAUCUCCGGCAGGUCUGUUCCUUUUCCUGUCAUUUCUUUUGAAGUUAAUCAGCCUUUUUAUAUGCAUCAAAGCAACGAAGAUCCUCAUUCGGAUCUACUGAUCCAUCUGCACUUGUUAUAUACAUUCAGUCCAAUCAUAAAGCCGGAAGCUUAAAGGAGGAGCUUAAUGAGAUCCUUCCUCAAUUAGAGGAGAUGCGCAAGAGAAAAUCUGAAAGGUCGAAUCAGUUCCUUGAAGUUCAGGAGCAAAUACAAAAGAUCUCAAAUGAGAUUAGACCUGGAGAAGUCUACUCGUCAAAGAUGGUUGCGGAUGAAUCGGACUUAUCUACAAAAAGGCUCGAAGAGUUUUAUCGCCAGUUGCAGGCUCUCCAAAAGGAGAAGGUUGGACUACAUCUUCUCUGAAUAUCAACCACGUAGACGGAAUCAAUACUUUCUGGCUGUUGAUAUAUAUAUAUAUAUAUACAUACUUUCUUACUCAACAUUUUGUAUUUGGCAGAGUGAUCGGUUGAAGCAGGUGCUUGAUCUCCUAAGCUCUUUAAAUUCAUUGUGUUCUGUACUUGGAAUGGAUUUCAAGCAUACAAUUAGUCAGAUACAUCCGAGUUUAGAGGACACCGGUGGGUCAAACAGCGUUAGCAACGAGACAAUAGAGAGGCUUGAUUCUGUCAUACACGGUCUGAGAGAUAUCAAGUUACAAAGAAUGCAGAAGGUAAGAGAUGGAAACUAUUUGCUAUGGCUUGGGCUUUCCUGCUUGUGGCUAAGUACUCUCUUUCCUCAUAGCUUCAAGACCUUGCUACUUCGAUGUUGGAGCUGUGGAAUUUGAUGGAUACACCCACUGAGGAGCAACAAUUGUUUCACAAUGUGACGUCUAAUAUAGCUGCAGCGGAGCACGAGAUCACAGAACCUGGCACUCUAUCUCUGGAUUUCAUUAAUUAUGUAAGUUGGUGUAGUUCUCUAGUCUUCAUCGCCAAGAGCCAGGGAAUCACUGUUGUAUCCAGUGGGGAGAUGAAUCAAUGCAUUUGUCAUGACAGGUGGAGGCCGAAGUUUCGAGGCUGGAAGAGUUGAAGGCGAGCAAAAUGAAAGAUCUGGUUCUCAAGAAGAAGGCAGAGCUGGAAGAGCUUCGCAGGCGGACGCAUUUGUUGGCAGGAGCAAAUGGAGACAUAGAAUUUGCGGUUGAAGCCAUAGAAUCUGGUACAGUACAAGUAGCAAAGUUUGGAGUAAGCUACCAUAAAAAGUACCCCAUAAGCUACCGUAAAAGUAAAUGACCUUGAGUUUGUCUCAUUUCUCUUAUGGCAUCAGGGGCUAUCGACCCAUGUAUGGUCCUGGAACAGAUAGAAAUCCAAAUCUCAAUUGCCAAGGAGGAAGCUUUUAGCCGGAAAGAUAUUCUGGAAAAGGUCGAAAAGUGGGUAACUGCAUGCGAGGAAGAGUGUUGGCUCGAAGAGUACAACAGGGUGAUUGAUCUCUGCAUUCCUUCAAGCUGUCUGCUUUGCCUGGUUCUACUGUAGUUCCUCACGGCCCUUUUUGUUCUACUCUUUUCAGGAUGAGAAUCGUUACAAUGCAGGAAGAGGUGCCCACCUGACUCUGAAACGUGCAGAGAAGGCCCGUGCUAUAGUCAACAAGAUCCCAGGUGAGCGUGCACUAAUAAUAUCUAUCUCGAUGCGAUAGAAAAUUAUUGUAUUCAUGGCUGGCUGACUCGGUUGUUUCCCGCGGGUUCAUUCGGUAGCAAUGGUAGAAGGGCUCGUUGCGAAGACUAUGGCUUGGGAAAGAGAAAAGGGCAUUCCUUUCACGUAUGACGGGGUAAGUAAAAUUUCCUUCGGGCUUUCAAGAUUUGCCCACUGUGGACUCGCUCCGGGCUCUCAUCUGUCUCAUUCAUGAACGACGCAGGUUCAACUUCUCUCCAUGCUUGAAGAAUACACUCUCUUAAGACAGGAGAAGGAGCAGGAGCGCAAGAGGCAACGGGUAUCUAUCCAUCCCCCCUUCUUGCUCAUCACACAAGUAUUUAUCUCAAUCCGUCUUGCUAACUCGGGUAACGCUUGACUUUGGGAAUUCUCUGCUGGUUGAAAUAUGCAGGAUCAGAAGAAGCUCCAGGGGCAGCUGAUAGCGGAGCAAGAAGCGCUAUUUGGGUCGAAACCGAGCCCUUCAAAAACCCUCAGCGCCAAGAAGGUCCCGAGAACCUCGACCGGGGGGCCAAGCAGUAGGAGACUCUCUCUAGGGGGAGCGCUGCUACAACCUCCCAAACAUGAUCUUCCCCACGCUAAGUCCACGCGGUCGACAAGGAAGCCAGACGACACGGCUAUGUUAUCUGCCGGUGGGUAUUAA